UCCGGGAGCGGGGCCGAAGCACGGCCUUUGUGUCGGGGAUGUCAGCGCGUCGGCGAAAGCUCCCGCCAAUAGAAAAAGUCGUUGGUGUAUGCAAAUGAAGCCCCUAUGACGCAGAGACGCAGCGUGAAGCGUGGGUAUAAAAGCGGAGGCAAAGGGGGGGCUUGGAGCACAGAGCGGUUUGGUCGUUCGUUGGAGGGUCCUCUUUUGUCUGCUCGGCGACUGCGGCUCUUCAUUGGGGAGCAGGAGCGGCGAGACGAUCGGAGAAGCGGCCUAAGACUUCGGCGUUGGGUAAAAGAAAAUGGCCCGAACCAAGCAGACGGCUCGUAAAUCUACGGGUGGGAAAGCGCCCCGUAAGCAGCUGGCCACUAAAGCCGCCAGGAAAAGUGCUCCCUCUACUGGCGGGGUGAAAAAACCUCAUCGCUACAGGCCCGGGACCGUUGCGCUUCGAGAGAUCCGUCGUUACCAGAAAUCGACCGAGCUUCUGAUCCGGAAGCUGCCUUUCCAGAGGUUGGUGAGGGAGAUCGCCCAGGAUUUCAAAACCGAUCUGAGGUUUCAGAGUGCCGCCAUUGGUGCGCUGCAGGAGGCCAGUGAAGCGUACCUGGUGGGUUUAUUUGAAGAUACUAAUCUGUGUGCCAUCCACGCUAAGAGAGUCACCAUCAUGCCCAAAGACAUCCAGUUGGCUCGCCGGAUACGGGGAGAGAGAGCUUAAGUGAAGGCAGUUUUUAUGGUGUUUUGUAGUAAAUUCUGUAAAAUACUUUGGUUUAAUUUGUGACUUUUUUUGUAAGAAAUUGUUUAUAAUAUGUUGCAUUUGUACUUAAGUCAUUCCAUCUUUCACUCAGGAUGAAUGCGAAAAGUGACUGUUCACAGACCUCAGUGAUGUGAGCACUGUUGCUCAGGAGUGACAAGUUGCUAAUAUGCAGAAGGGAUGGGUGAUAUUUCUUGCUUCUCAUGAUGCAUGUUUCUGUAUGUUAAUGACUUGGGUAGUUAUUAAGGUACUAGAAUUGAUAAAUGUGUACAGGGUCCUUUUGCAAUAAAACUGGUUAUGACUUGAUCCAAGUGUUUAACAAUUGGGGCUGUUAAGUCUGACCAUACAUCACUGUGAUAGAAUGUGGGCUUUUUCAAGGGUGAAGAUACAAGUCUUAACCACAGUGUAACUUACAGUUUCCUUAAAAAAAAAAAAAAAAAAAAAAAGUAAAACUGGCAGCUAUAGAAUACACUAUGUGCAUUUAUAAUAGCUAUUUUAUAUAUUGUAGUGUCAACAUUUUUAAAUUAAAUGUUUUACAUUCACAUGUGGUGGGGAGUCUUGUCAUUAAGGUGUGUGUAAUUUAAAGUCCAGUUGGUUUUCUCCUAACUAGACUGCACUUGUUUUCAUGAGAGUAAACUGCUUUGCAAAUUAUACCUUGCAUAAGUCCUCAUUCUACCACAUGUUAACUAACCCUCUAGCUGAUUAAUGCAAACACUAAGGGGGGGAUUUUAUUUAUAAGGGCUCUAGAAUAUAAUACAAGUUAUUCACACCAGCAUCAUCUGUUACUAAUACUCUAUACUAGUUAGUGCAGCUUUUCUUUGUGUUGUGAUUGGUCUCAUAACUAGGUUUUUUUCUCUACAAAGAGGAAACCAUACCGAAGUUCUUUUUCUUGUGGAGUUUGUAUUAUAAUAACCCUUAGAGUAAACUUGCUGUGGGAGAGGGGCACACAACUCCAGCUUCUUGAACCUCUGCCAGUUAAGGUGGUGUCGGGUUAGGUUACAUCUGAUACAUGGUCCUGGAAAAAUCACUUUAUAGAGGUGGCCUUCCAAGUGGUUUUAAAAACUAACCUAUUGAAGUCUUUAGGUCAAUUAUGUAUGUUGACUAAAUUUACAAAUAAACUUGUUUAUUCAACGAAGUGUCAAAAACCUACAUUGAAUAUACAGAGAAAUACAUCCAUUAUUUAGGUUCUUUGUAUCUUGAAGCUUGAGCUUGGUCUAUAUCUGGUUUUGCUUGGUAGACAAACCAUUUGUAUACAAAAAUAAUGACGAAUUUCCUUAGACAAGUCAUUUCACCACAAGUACAGAGUACCUUGGUUUAAGCCACUUUUUCAGUAUGAAGCUAGUUUAAUUGACCAGUGAUGGUCCACUGUAAGCUUGUUAGUAUCUAGAUCUAGUCAGCAAGACCAUGGGCACAACGGCCACUGGUCAUCAGAUGAGCAUUUUGUGUGUUUGAAGCUAGUAGCUAUAGAAAAGAUAGUUGUGCCCUGAUAAAGUAGCUUUUUAAAAAAAAGUUUGGGUUAGUUUCACAUACAAGGGGCUUAUGAAGAGAUGCAAGUCAGGAUACAUAGGCUUGAUACUUGGCAGCUUAACGAGUCUUCGCGAGGCACUGAAGGUGGAAGGGUGGAGUCCAAUAACUGCUCUGGAGCAGUGACUUCCAAUUCUAAUGAUCUCAACAUUGUUUCUGAAGGACGUUGCCAUCUUGGACAUGGGAGUGUGCUGUGGGGUGCCUGGCAGUGUCUGAGUAGUAGACUUAUCUAUGGUGAUGUCCGUUUGUUGAGCUUACUCGUUGUGAUAACCCAAGUGGGGUGAAACUUGACUCUUCCCCAGUACAACUUGGGUACAUCCUGAUGUAGACGUUUGUGGGUUUUAUUGGGCAGCUUGGAAUCUUGCUGCUUUAAAUAGUGCAGCUUGUGCUUGCACAGUUUGCAUGAGCAUACUUAACCCAGCAGUCGAAAGUAUCUUUUGGUUCUAGGAAGCUGCCCACACAGGAUAACCCUGGGUUUUAGGUGAUGGAACAGAAUCUGUAAGGAGAAAAGCAAAAGCUGGAGCUGAUGAAGGUAUCCUGUGCCCUUGAUGGAUGAGACAAAAAUAAAGUUUUUUGAAGUUGAGAUUA